AUGCACCACGACUGCCGAAAUAUUCUCCAGCAACUGGCGCUGACUCUCCUACAGCUGUGGUUUCCCCAUCUCACAAACGAACCCAUCACACCGGAUUUCAUCCCAAAAAUGAGGCGGAUCCUCGAUCUCUGGGAGAAUGGAGAGGGCAAUUGGACAUGGCCGGACAAGGGCCAUCUGAAAUGGGCCAGAUAUGUGCUCGAGCGCAUACAGAAAAAGAUGAAUGAAACAGCGAUGCGGAAAAAGAGACGACGCAGAAAGCGACUGCGUGAACCAGAUGCUACAGGUUUCAAGGAGCUCGAGGAGAUGAUUCUCGUCAUAGAUACGAUACUUUUGGGGUGA